AUGUUGGCACAUUCGGAACAACAAUCACGACAACAAUUUGAUUCUUUUUUGCGCUCCUUUUGUCUUCCAGGGUUUGGAGAAGAACGAUCCAAAGUUGAAGGUAACGGUUGUACUGUGAUUACCUGCACUUGUUUAGCUGUUUUUCCUUUCUUAAACUUUAUGGAUGGCGUUUCUAGCGCUGUAGGUAUCUUGAUGUUUUGGGUGUCUGUCUUUGUACAACAUUCACAAUCUUUUUGGCGGCGAUUUAGAAGCCAAACGUCAUUUCGUUCGUCUCGAACGAAAAGGAAUCUGUGUGUCUUUGGGUUCACGUGGAUUGUAUCUAGCCUGAAAUAGGAUGCAUCAAUUUUCUAAAAGAUCAGGGGCGUGUCUUUUCUAAUCCAAGAUUCUGGGGGGCGGCUGUUUUUUGUGAAACACACCUUGGUUCUCUCUUAACUACCAACCUGUAGGAGUACCCCCUCCCCUUCUCCCCCAAGAUACGCCUCUGUAAAUGGUCGUAAAAGUUGAGUAUAAAUCAUAGAAAAUGUUAUUCAUACCUACCAAGACAACAACAAUGCACUGUUCUGUUCUCGAGAUCUCCUGAAGUUAUUGCUUGCAUGAAAGAUUGUUGAUACGGCGGUGUGCAUUUCCUCGUCAUCCAUUUGCUCCAGGGUCUUUUGAUAGGUCAUUUCUAAAAAUAGGACUUGCACUUGUUGAAAUCCAGAAUGAACUGAAACUGUUUUCGAACCAGGUCGUGGGGUUCGAGUCAUUUCCUAAUGUUACGCUUUAUAGAUGAACAUAAAAGCCUUACUCCCAUACAAUUUAGACGACUUCUGCAGUAGUGUGGUGAUCGGGGGUUUGCCUUUAUGAUCUGCAUUGUGAAACCAAAUCCUCUUAUGGUUUGAUCUCGUCCUUUGUUCAGUUUUGAUGGUCUCUCCAUCCUUACUCCGGGGAUUGGGGGAAAUUGUGUUUCUAUUUCCUUGGACGUCAGAGGCCUUUUUCAUAACCGAAACAAAUAGUCCUUAACUCAAUUUCCGGGGCUUGAGUUUUGAGCUGGAGAAUGAGUCAAUUGUUUUAGGGCUGUACUUCCGUAUUCCUCGGAAGUCAGUGACCAAAUGGGGCGUCAUGUACUGAUCAAUUAUGAAUGACAGUGUUCUUUCGUCUGUGCAGGUUGCAUUUUGGGUUCGUUUAACGAUGAAGCCUAUCUUUUAUGGAGUGGGGCGGAGCCGCUAUUGUUUUACCAAGCCACGCCCUGUUUUUACAAACGCAGCUUAAAAGGAUGAGGUUAGAAUGGUCAUUGCUCUUGCAAUAUACCCUUCAUCUUCUUGAUGUUGUUUUUAAAACCAUCAUAAAUUCAUUACGUUAAAAGCGGCUAAGUGGUCAUUAGAGCGUGGGAACGUUUGGCCUUCCGUUGUAGUAGCUGAAUAGACUUCCUGACGUCAUCUCGGCUUCCUCCCCGACUUUGUGAUGACUUUCGCUUAAAAGUCGUGGAUUUCUUCUUAAUCUGACAGUUUAUCUUCUUAUGCGACUUUUCAGUUUACUAAACUUGUUGUUGUAGACAUGCGCUCGUUGAUCACUUGGUUCAUAUUAUUUCUCUCCUUUUGUGCCUCUUCUGGAUUCGAUAUGAGAUCGUGGAAUGCUCAUUACUUUGCACCUGGAACGAGUAGAACAGUGGAUUUGGAUGUGCCCAUGCAAAAGAAUCCCGAUGAGGAUAAUGCCGGCUUCAUUCGACCACCGAUGUUCUCUGGUGGGAGUGCCUCGUCGUCCACUCGGAGGUUAAUUCAGCCGCCCCCACUGAAACGUAGCCAGCGUUUCCCGUCCCAGUCCGAGUUCCUAUGGUAUCGGAUAUAA